AUGACAUCUGAUGCUCCAUCAAGUGCAAUAACAACAACGAGCGCUUUUGUAUCUACUACAUCAACAAUAUCGACAGUCAUUUCCACAGCAACCACAACCAAUGCUUUAUCAGGUGUAAUAACAACAACGAACGCUUUUACAUCUGCUACAUCAACAGUUAUUUCCACAGCAACAAGAACCAAUGCUCCAUCUAGUGUAAUAAUAACAACAACCAAUGCUCCAUCUAGUGCAUUAACAACAACUAGAGAUUUGAAUCCAAAUGCAUCAAAUAUAACAUGGUUAAUGUCAACAAUUAAAGCAGCAAAUCAAACAACAAUAAACUUAUCUGGUCCAACAUUUAUGGAUAUUGAUGAUCAAAAUAAUUUUGUUGUACUUAGCUAUUAUGGUAAUCUUGUUCAAAUGAAUAGAACAACAAUGAGCGUCAUUCGUUCAAUAAAGUUAGGAAAUGAUUCAGCUGCAUUUACUUAUUUUAAUGGUUAUUAUUUUAUAGAAUUCGAGAGUUCAUAUCCUUUAAUUUACAUUUAUUCUACUCGAAAUCUAACAAAUUUUAUUGCAUUUAUAAAUGGUACAGCAUCGAAUUGUUAUUUUCGUCAAGUGGCAUUUUUACAAAAUAAUACCAUUAUGGUUGCAACUGUUGAAAACUUAAAUAUGAUUCAAUUUUAUCAAAUAUCGUUUUCAUCGUUUUCAACAACACUUUUAUUUUCAAUACCAGCAUUGCACACUUCUCCAUACAGUUUAUAUAAAGUGAACGAUACAUUCUUGUAUUUAGUAUAUUACACUAGUGCAACACCCAACUACAUUCUGUCAUAUAACAAUAGUAAUAAUUGGACAUUAAGAGCACUGAACGCCACAAAACCAGCAGCUUCGGAAAUAUCGGCACAAAUGACAAUUGAUUCAUAUGGACGAAUUUGGUUGGCUAUCCAUAACUUUGGUUUACCUGCAUCCACAUUAGAUGUAGUAGAUGUUGACGAACAUUUUGAACUAAUUUUGAGCUAUCAACGGAGGUGGAUG